CUUGGCCUCGGCUUUCGGGGAGAUUGUGGCUUUGGUGGGGGUCGCUCAGGAGGGGACACUACCCUGUGGGGACUAGGCAGCCCGCUUCCCCGAGGUUGGCAAGCUCCUCCCGUCCCCGGGCUCGUGCUCUCUGAAGGGGCGCGCCCGCGCGGACUCGCGCUCCCGGCGCCGCCCACUCCCCUCCUCGCGGCCGCCCCUCCCUACGCCCCGACAGCCGGCGGCGGUGGCGGUGGCUGGGUGAGGCCCCUCCUUCACGCCCUCCUUUCCCUCGCUUGCAACGGAGCGGAGCCGGCGGAGCGGCUGGACCCCCAACGCUCCCCCGGGCCAUGGCCGGUAACGUGAAAAAGAGCUCAGGGGCCGGGGGCGGCGGUGGGUCCGGGGGCUCGGGCGGCCUGAUCGGGCUCAUGAAGGACGCUUUCCAGCCGCACCACCACCACCACCACCACCUCAGCCCCCACCCGCCGGGGACCGUGGACAAGAAGAUGGUGGAGAAGUGCUGGAAGCUCAUGGACAAGGUGGUGCGGUUGUGUCAGAACCCAAAGCUGGCGCUAAAGAAUAGCCCACCUUAUAUCUUAGACCUGCUGCCAGAUACCUACCAGCAUCUCCGCACUAUCCUGUCAAGAUAUGAGGGGAAGAUGGAGACACUUGGAGAAAAUGAGUAUUUUAGGGUGUUCAUGGAGAAUUUGAUGAAGAAAACUAAGCAGACCAUAAGCCUCUUCAAGGAGGGGAAAGAAAGAAUGUAUGAGGAAAAUUCUCAGCCUAGGCGAAACCUAACCAAACUGUCCCUGAUCUUCAGUCACAUGCUGGCAGAACUAAAAGGAAUCUUCCCAAAUGGACUCUUUCAAGGAGACACAUUUCGUAUUACUAAAGCAGAUGCUGCAGAAUUUUGGAGGAAAGCUUUUGGUGAAAAGACAAUAGUCCCUUGGAAGAGCUUUCGACAGGCCCUUCAUGAAGUACAUCCCAUCAGUUCUGGGCUGGAGGCCAUGGCUCUGAAAUCCACUAUUGAUCUGACCUGCAAUGAUUAUAUUUCAGUUUUUGAAUUUGACAUCUUUACACGACUCUUUCAGCCCUGGUCCUCUUUGCUCAGGAACUGGAAUAGUCUUGCUGUAACUCAUCCUGGUUACAUGGCUUUCCUGACAUAUGAUGAAGUAAAAGCUCGGCUCCAGAAAUUCAUUCACAAACCUGGCAGUUAUAUUUUCCGGCUGAGCUGUACGCGUCUGGGUCAGUGGGCUAUUGGGUAUGUCACAGCUGAUGGGAACAUUCUCCAGACAAUCCCUCACAAUAAACCUCUUUUCCAAGCACUGAUUGAUGGCUUCAGGGAAGGCUUCUAUUUGUUUCCUGAUGGACGGAAUCAGAAUCCUGACCUAACAGGCUUAUGUGAGCCAACUCCCCAAGACCACAUCAAAGUGACCCAGGAACAAUAUGAAUUAUACUGUGAGAUGGGCUCCACAUUCCAACUGUGUAAAAUAUGUGCUGAAAAUGAUAAAGAUGUAAAGAUUGAGCCCUGUGGACACCUCAUGUGCACAUCCUGUCUUACAUCCUGGCAGGAAUCAGAAGGCCAGGGCUGUCCUUUCUGCCGAUGUGAAAUUAAAGGUACUGAGCCCAUUGUGGUAGAUCCAUUUGAUCCAAGAGGAAGUGGUAGUUUGUUGAGGCAAGGAGCAGAGGGAGCCCCUUCCCCAAAUUAUGAUGAUGAUGAUGAUGAUCGAGCUGAUGAUUCUCUCUUCAUGAUGAAGGAAUUAGCUGGUGCCAAGGUGGAACGGCCUCCUUCUCCGUUCUCCAUGGCCCCACAAGCUUCCCUUCCCCCAGUGCCACCACGACUUGACCUUCAACGAGUGUCUAUUCCUUCAAGUUCUUCUGGUCUUGGAACUGCUUCAAAGGCCACUUCUGGCUCCCUUCAUAAGGACAAACCAUUACCAAUACCUCCCACGCUUCGAGAUCUUCCGCCGCCACCUCCUCCAGACCGGCCUUACUCUGUUGGAGCGGAAGCCCGGCCUCAGAGACGCCCGUUGCCUUGUACACCAGGCGACUGCCCAUCCAGGGACAAACUGCCCCCUGUCCCCUCUAGCCGCCUUGGGGAAUCAUGGCUGCCUCGACCAAUCCCCAAAGUACCAGUAGUUGCCCCAAACCCUAGUGACCCCUGGACAGGGAGAGAAUUAACCAACCGGCAUUCACUUCCAUUUUCAUUACCCUCACAAAUGGAACCCAGAAUAGAUGUGCCUAGGCUGGGAAGCACAUUCAGUCUGGAUACCUCCAUGAAUAUGAAUAGCACCCCAUUAGCAGGUCCAGAGUGUGAGCACCCCAAAAUUAAACCUUCUGCAUCUGCCAAUGCCAUUUAUUCUCUGGCUGCCAGACCUCUUCCUGUGCCCAAGCUGCCAUCUGGGGAGCAGUGUGAAAGUGAGGAGGAUACAGAGUAUAUGACUCCUUCCUCUAGGCCUCUAGGGCUUCAAAAGCCAGAGGUGAAAUGGCCUUUGGAGACGACACAGAGUUCACAAGCGUGUGAUUGUGACCAGCAGGUUGAUAGCUGUACAUAUGAAGCAAUGUAUAAUAUUCAGUCCCAGGCAGCGCCAUCUGUCACAGAGAGCAGCACCUUUGGUGAAAGGAAUUUGGAUACAGCCCAUGCCCAUGCCAGCACUGUUCCUGAGGAAUCAGAAAAUGAAGAUGAUGGGUAUGAUGUUCCUAAGCCACCUGUGCCAGCAGUGCUGGCACGCCGAACUCUGUCAGAUAUCUCUAAUGCCAGCUCCUCCUUUGGCUGGUUGUCUCUGGAAGGUGAUCACACAACAAACUUCACUGAGGGUUCCCAAGUUCCUGAGAGGCCUCCCAAGCCGUUCCCACGGAGAAUCAACUCUGAACGAAAAGCGGGCAGCUGUCAGCAAGGUGGUGCUGCUGCUGCUGCUGCUGCUGCUGCUGCUGCCGCCACCGCUGCCACCGCCGCCACCACCGCUGCCACCUCUCCGCAGCUCUCCAGUGAAAUUGAGAACCUCAUGAGUCAGGGAUACUCUUAUCAGGACAUUCAGAAAGCUCUGGUCAUUGCCCACAACAACAUUGAAAUGGCCAAAAAUAUCCUCCGGGAAUUUGUUUCUAUUUCUUCUCCUGCCCAUGUAGCCACCUAGCACAUCAUCUCCCUGCUGCAACUUUGGAGGACCAGUGAGCUGGGAGCUCUUACUCGAGUAGCACCUAAAGAGCAGAGAGGUUCCUUUGGAGACUUCACAAUGAAGUCUGGCCCUGUCUUUGGGCUAUCAUAUUUGUGGUUCUAAGAUUUCAAAGCAGUGGGAUGGAAAUGGGGCAGCUAGUGUGUUUUAUUAUUUUAUUUGUUUUGAGAGUGCAUUUGAAGGUGUCCUUCAGUCCCCACUUAGAGAGAGUGUGGAUUUUUUUUUUUUAAAUGGUAGUCUAUCUGGGGAACAGUCCAGAAAGCAGUAGAAGUAUUAUUCUGUAAAUCCUAAUUGAGGACUUAAGACUUUCCUGGGUUAAGAAUGUGGUUGUGUAUCUGUGUAUGGCGGUGUGUGUCCUGUGAUUACAAGAUUAACCUGCUGUCUGUGUUAAUCCCAGGCAGGGAAUUAGCACAAGAGGUUUAGGAAGGAAUCUUUUAAAAACUUCCAUCUACUGUGGUAUUAUACCCAACCCCAGUGUGUAUUACAACUUCAACACUCCCCUGUGGCUUGGAUUAUCAUAUGCAUAGCUAAAGUCUUAUAUUUUUAGAAUACCCUCCCUCUGUCCUCCUUCCCUUUAUCUGUCAUUGGCAGUUGGCAUGCUAUGACCAGCCUUACUGAAGCCAAGCAGCUUGUAGAAUGUUCUUUAUUAUGUGUGAGGUGUUGGUUUGUUUGGUAGAUAGGUGGGAAAAAGUACUGUUGCGGCAUCAUUAUAGUCAUAUUUGAUACUAGCAGCUAACACUGGUCACUCCAAAGCACUGUUUUUAAUAGGAACAUUGAAUCUGUUAAAAUAAGAUGUUUUAAUGAUAAUUACACAAUGAUUGAUUUCAGAUAUAAGCCUUCAAAUACAUUCCAUGCCCUCCCCAGAGAAUAGCCUUUGGGAGUCAGUUGCCUUGGUGCCAGGCAUAUGUGUGUCUAAUGUAGGUCAUGAGAUUUUCUACUUAAUGGGAAGGGAAGAGCCCUUGUUUCCACAUGGCUUUCUGGCCCGAAUACCAUGAAGCUUUUAGGAAACUUCAUUCACAUGUUCUUUACCCUAUUAUCCAUAAAAUGCAUAAAAUAGACCAUAAGGAUUUGUCUGUUCAGUUUUUCGUCCCAGUGAAUUAAUUCCAGCUUAUAUGGGUGUCUCCCUUCCAACAUGAGCCAGGUUAUAUUUUCAAAAAUGAUUUUUUUUUUCCCUUUAAGGAAUGGGGGUACCACCCCAUGGUAGCACAGCAUUUUGCUGAUAAUUAGCACCAAUCCUACAUUGGUGCCACCCAACAACUUGGUUUUCUCUUGUGCCUGUGGCUUUGGGAAUGUAGCAUUUCCUUUCCCUUUCCCCUUCACCUUAUUCCUAUAUACUCUUUUUAUUUAUUUUUUUAUUUUUAUUUUUAUUUUU